GGCAGCCUGGGGCGCGAGUACGCGUGCGCGGCGUCCCAGCCGGUCCCCCUGCGGCGGGGACUUGGUACGGCCGGGCGGUUGGCGUCCCCGGCGCUGCAGCCCGCGCGCACUUUUCAAAUCUUCCCGGCGUGCGCCGACCAUGGAGGGGCCGCCGCGGGGGCUUCCCGCGCCGCAGGACUAUAGCAUUCAAGAAAAAAUAGAUUUAGAAAUCCGGAUGCAAGAAGGGUUGUGGAAGCUCCUUUCUCUGAGCACUAAAAAGGACCAGGUUUUGCAUGCAGUUAAGAAUCUCAUGGUGUGCAAUGCUCGGAUCAUGGCGUAUACAGCAGAGCUACGGAGUUUAGAGGAACGGACUUCAAGUCAGACUGGAAGACGUGAUGUGAAUUUUGAAAGUCAAGAGCGCACGGCCUGUAAAGGAAAGAUCGCCAUAUCAGGUAUUCGAAUACCACUAAUGUGGAAAGACUCUGAUCACUUCAGCAGUAAAGAAGGAACACAACGCUAUGCCAUUUUUUGUUUAUUCAGAAUGGGAGGUGAAGUUCUUGACACUGACAUGGUGAUUGUAGACCAGACAGUCACAGACAUAUGUUUUGAAAACGUCACCAUAUUUACCGCGGCAGGGCCAGACUUUCAGAUAAAAGUGGAAGUGUACAGUUGCAGUGCAGAGGGAUCGUCCAUAGCCAACACACCGAGAAAACUGGUCAAGAAACUCAAGACCUCCAUCAGUAAAGCUGCAGGGAAGAAGAUAAGUCCAGCACUUCAGGAAGACAGCUACGAGGCAGGCUUGAUCAUCAGUUCUGUUCCGGGUGUAAAGUACAGUUUGCUAGCUCAUACUACCCUGAGCCUGGAAAGCAUCGAUGACUGCUUCAAGACCCAUAAUCUGUCUAUUCACGGGAACGAAGAAUCUUCCUUUUGGCUUCCCUUGUACGGCAACAUGUGUUGCCGGCUAGUGGCCCAGCCGGCCUGUAUGGCUGAGGAUGUCUUCGCAGGAUUCCUUAAUGAGCAGCAAACCAUAGAGGGUCUGAUUGGCUGGCGGCGGCUGUACUGUGUUCUGAGAGGCAGUAAACUCCAGUGUUUCUAUGGUCCAGAGGAAAUUGGAGCUAAAGUGAAGCCGACGUUGGUGGUGCCCAUCCGCAAGGAAACCAGGAUUCGGGUGAUGGAGAAGGAUUUGAAGAAAGCUCAUCAUUUCUCUGUCAUCAACACCAUUGCUGGCCAGGCGGCGACUCAUGUCUUCGCGGCAGACAGUAGCGGGGACCUUCAGAAGUGGAUGGAAUCCUUCGGGCAGCAUUUCUUUGACCUUACCCAAUGGAAGCAUUGUUGUGAAGAACUUAUGAAAAUUGAGAUUAUGUCACCACGGAAACCACCUUUGUUCCUCACAAAAGAGGCGACCUCCGUGUACCAGGACAUGAGCAUUGAUUCACCCAUGAAACUUGAAAGUUUAACUGACAUAAUACAAAAAAGAAUUGAAGAGACGAACGGACAGUUCCUCAUUGGUCAGGAUGAAGAGUCAGCACCACCUCCGUGGGCCGCAGUCUUUGAUGGCAGUCAUGAAAUGGUUAUCCAGAAAAAGGUACUGUCCGCUGCAGGAGAACAAGCCCCAGAUGGGAGAAGGAAAAAGAGGCGAGCACCCCUUCCUCCAUCGGGUCAGCCACCAUUCAGCAUAAAGACGCAGGGCAGCACAGGUCCAUGCCUCGGGGACGGCGGGGCAAAGACCAGUGUCUCUGGAACCUCUUCGGACUCCAGGCCCUCCUCGCUGGUGCACCACUUCCAGAAACCAGUUGCUGCACCUCGCACACUUCCCCCUGGCCCUGCUGGAAAACGCAGUUCAGCUGAUGGUGAGCACAGAGACGCUAAAACCAGCUUCCAGGCCAAGCCCCUGCCAGCCCCAAGGCAGAAAUCCAUCAAAGACAUUCUGGACCCAAGAUCCUGGCUGCAGGCUGUAUAGGCAGCCUGGACUGUGACAAUCUGUUACUAUAAGGCUUAAUUCAGAGACCUUAUAAACUAAUGCUACCUAAGUGUAUAUGUAAAUAUGACAGCCGUUUACACAAGCCAUUAAUAAGCUAUUAGGUAUAGAAAAACACUUUAUAAUGAAAAAAUGGGUUUCUCCUUUACUUCUAAUUUCCAGAAUAUAAGUGAUUUUCCCUCAUGGAAUGGAAGAGGCAGUUUCUAGACAAUAUCCUAAUUGUUUAAGGAUUAAUUUAUUCCUAAAUUAGUACCAGGCAGUGAAUAAGCACUCGGCAUAAGAAAGCAUUACCAUUUCUUCUGGAGAGAGACUGUCUAGUAAUUUAAAAUGUGUUAAAUACAAGCCAUAUUCUCAUUGUGAGAAUUUUAAUGCUAAUAGAAUGUUUCAAAGGUUUUAUUCAAACCACAAAUUACAGAAUCCACCCCAAAAAAUUUCCCCUCAGUUUUCUGGAAUCUCAUCUAAUGGUUGCUGACUCUCUCCUCUCUCGUUUAGCACACUGGUUUAUAGUCUUGACCUUUUAAAUUCCUGGGAUAAAUUUUGGAAUAUGAAGUUCUUUGUCUUUAAAGGGAAUGUGUCAUCUGCUUUCUGAGCUGUUUCCUUUAUGAUCUCUGAAAUCCUGUUGACGCUGCCUCUCGCAAGUGAAGCUCAUAUUUAUUAGUGGAGAGAAAUGAGGAUGAGCUGGUCAGGGCAUCACCUCUGCUGUGCCUCCUGCUAAUUCCUGUUGUGCCUUUGGAACUUGGGGAAGCGAGUGGUGGCUUAACACCUUAAAAAUCUCCUUAAUACUUAUUUUAAAAGCAGAUGGCAGAUUCAAAUGUAUCAGAAAAGUUGGCCAUGGUAAUAAUAAUUUUCAGAAUUAAUCCUUUUUCAAAAUUUUAAUUAGAUUUCCUUUUGCAAGUGAGGGUUGAUGUCUGCUAUUGAUAUUAUUCAUUAAAAGUCAUUUUCUUACAAUAAUCACAUUGGAAUCAUUUCCAUAGGAGGUAAUUUCCAUAGCAACUAAUCACAGUGACCCAAACAGGAUUAUGAAUUCAAGUGAGGGACAACAGCAAGAGGAUGAAUAUCUUAAGUGGACAAAAGUGAAAUCCACUUUUUAUAAUGACCUUUCUGUAAAUAAGAACGGAGUGGUUUUAGAAACCUAAUCCCAGUUUCCCAGUGAAACUUCCAAUGAGUGUGAACUACAGCCCAGACCAUUUCGAAUCAUAGCGAUCCCUGCCAAGCUGCUGGGAUCAGAACUGCACGAUUAUAAACUGAACAGUUGACUGGCAAGAGUGUUAAGUUAACGUAGUAGAGCCUGUCAUUAUUGUUAGAUAGCAGUAGCACUCUUCCUGUUUGUUUUUGUUCAUAGACCCUGGUGUAACUGCCAGGUGACUUGCUUGCCCAGGACUCCCAGUAAGCACUGGACCCUGGGGGAGCAGACACAAGGUCCCUCCCUGACUGGGACACCAGGGCAGACACAGCCCUUGGUGAAGAGAAGAUGCUGUGUUGGUACAACCAACCACAGGUGUGGAAACCCCAAAAGUAGAUUUGUUUAUUCAUUUAUUUAUUAUUUUAUUUAUUUUUUUUUGUCUUUUUGAGACGGGUUCUCCCUGUAGCCCAAGCUGUCCUGGAACUCACUGUGUAGACCAGGCUGGCCUUGAACUCACAGAUUCACCUGCCUUUGCCUCCUGAGUGCUGGGAUUAAAGGCGUGUGCCACCACGCCCGGCUAUUUGUUUUUGACUAAAAGGCUCUCAAAAUUUACUGUUACUAUUGCCAUUUCAGUAAAUCAAAAAGUCUAAGGAACAUUAUUUUUAAGGUUUUUGUUUUCUUAAAUCUUCACUGUCUUCAACAGUGUUUGUGAACAGACUGGAGUUUCCACCUCUUUUAUCUUUUUGUUCCACAUUUUUGUUGUUGUUGUUGUUAGAAGAUGCUGUAGGUAAAACUGCUUCUGGUUACUGGCAUCUAAGUGUCUCUUUUAACCCCUUAGUUGGUGCCCUCCUUUAUUACAAACUUACAAACCAGUAUUAAAACUUGCACAUUAUGGUGUGACCAUGUCGUCUCAUGCAAAUUGUAGCAGGAAGAAUUUAAGUUGUACAGGAAGGAGUUUAUUCAUGGAGAAUUGUGGAGCAGUUGUGUUCUCCUGUGGGGACCUUGAAACAGCUCAGGAAUCGGUCUCCUUCCUAGCGUCCUCUGGGUGAAGAAGCCCUGCCCCACCCCCAUCUGUUUCUGGAGACCUGUCUUAAAAUCAGCCGGAUUCCCACUCAUCAUUCUUGGACCACUGUGCUCAGUCAAAGCUAGUGCACUGCCUCGCCCCCAACUCCUCCACCCGCACCCCUGACAAAGCAAGAGUAGUUAAGACACUCUUCCUCCUCCCUGUCCCUCCCUCCUUCCUUCCCCUUCUCUCUUUCCUUCCUUCACAAUUUUAAAAAUAUCUGAAAAUACUGAGUUUAAAACUGUCAAGGAAUUUGUCCAAAGUAUUUGUUUCUCCUUUUCUGAAUCAGAACUUGAUGGCAGAGGGAUCUGCCGUGUGCUGAGAAGUUCACAGCUUUUUAAGAGCGGCUUUCCACCACACUCACUUGUCCUUUCAGUUCGCUGUGAGCUCUCAGAUCUUGAUAAAAUUAUAGUCGAAGAAGCUUAAUAGAAAGAAUAGAUAUUUUAUGAGAUUAGAUAAUUUUGAAGAUGGGAAGAUAAUGUCUUGGGUAAUUACAUUUACAUCUUAAGAUCUAGGAUUUAAAUUACAGUAGCAUUUUAAGAGAUUAUUUUUAAUUGCUACAAAGUGGUAAUUUCCUUAUUUUAACAUCUUGCAAGGAGAAAGAAUAAUUUUUUAUUAAUUUUUUUAUACUUUUCAAGCUAAACAGUCUUUCAAAAGGACCAGGCCUGCCAGCUCUUGCAGAGUUUUGUGGACUCUCCCCUUAGCUGUCUGCACUGCCCCCCCCACGACUUCUUUCAAGUAGAUGUGGCUGUAGGUGGAAAACUCAGUUAUUCAUUGUAAAUGUCCAUGUCUACCCUUUAGAUUAAAUUAUGCCUCACCUGCUAUCAGUUAUUAAAAAUGGAAACUGCCCUGGUUUGGAGACGAGGUUUAGAGACAGCCCAUGUAAGGAAAAUUACACUGUCAACGUCUUCAGGCUUAUGUUCAACACCUCAGCUACUUAACUGGGAGGUUAAUGAAUUCAGUCCACAAUGAAACUAUGGGAACAUUUGGUGCAGGUUAUGUUAAAUGCCAUUCAAUGUGGAACUACAAAUGAGGAACAGCCAAAUUAGAUGAUGCACAAGCAAAGGAGAAAACACUUCUGCAAGAAAAAUAUGUCACAGUGGUCAGAAUUUGCCAGAACUCAUUGUUCUAGAGUGGAUUAUUGGACAGUAAUUAAGCUUUGACUGAUGACCAUUUGCAUUCUGUUGCCUCUGUGUUCUGAUACCUUUCAAAAGCAUUGCUAUUUUUAAAAAAUAUUUUAUUAUUUUUAUGUGUAUGCGCUUAUUGCCUGCAUGUAGGUAAGUGCACCCGUGUCUUGCAGUACCCGCAGAAGACAGAAGAGGC